CUAGCUAACCAGAAAGAAAGGCCAGAGGUGGGGAGGGUCCAAGCAGGCCUGGGUAGGGAGGGGAGACAAGGGGGGGGGAUGGGAGAGGACAAGUGUCACUAGUGGCCAACUCCAUUUUGGAUCUUGGUUUUAGGACCCCCAACUGAGGGCCCCACUGCUCUGAAGGAGCAUCAGAAAAGCCUCUGUGACUUAAACAGCCACAGUGCUAGCUCCUGUUAGUUCCUAGGAUGUGAGCAGUGGGUUGUAGCCUGAGUUGAUCAUCAACUUUGGGUCCCUGGUGGUAGGGAGACAUUGAUCAGGGACAUGCAGGCAGAAAUUGAUGAAACAGACUGAAUUAAUGUAGAUUCAUUCCCCCACUCUGUCUUCCAACUGAUGCUCAGCCACAGGAAAAGGUUUGUGACAUCAUGGAAGGCUUCUGUCAUAGAAGGGGACUGAGGCUGUGUAUCCGGAAGGACCACACCAAAUAGCUAAGGAUGCGCUCAUACCACUGGGCUUGGGCUUGGGCUUGGGAGGAGGAGCAUCAUGGGCACCCAGAGGUGAGAUAGGAACUAAGAUAAGAGUAGAGAUAAUAACAAUGUCAUGCACCGAGCAUUCCUGUAUGUCAUCUGUUAUUUUAGGCAUCCUCCAUGUGUUUAUUUGGUUCUCACAUGCUUUAAUCUCCAUUUUCCUGAUGAGGGAACAGCCAGAAGUGACUUGCUCACAUUACCCAGCUACUGUGUGGCAAAAUCAGGAUUUGAACUCAGGAAGCUGAGCUUCAGAAUUUGUGGUACUUGGGGUCAUGCUAGUUUGCAAAAAAGUGUAGAUAGAGCCUUUGCAAAAUAUCUUGAUCACAAAUUUUAAACAGUUUUAAAAGAUUUGAAGACUGCUAGUUAGUUUGUGAGGAUUCCUAGAGGGAUCCAGGAAUUGGUGGCCUCACUCUGGCUCUUAUCUGAGCCCCCCGGUCCCGCAGUAUCCCCAUCUCUGCCCCUCCACUUCCCUCUCCGGUCUCAGUGCUGAUUCACUCUGGCCUCUGCCUACCACAUCCCAGCCAUGGCCCUGGUUCUGCAGCUGCUGCCUCUGUUGCUCUCAAGGGUCCAGGGGGACCCCGAGGGUUCUCUGAAGGGCAACCCUGGGGACCGGGUGAACCUUUCCUGCAAAGAUGUCUUAGAGCCCGCCCGCUGGGCUUGGGCGCCUAGUUUCCCGGCGUGCAAGGGCCUGUCCAAAGGGCGCCGUAAGAUCGUGUGGUUCUCGUCGAGCGGGACCCCAUUGGUGCUGGAGCUCUUCUCCGGCCGCCUGCGUUUCCUGGACACUAGUAUCAAGGAGCUAGAGCUACUGCUGAGCGCCGGCGAUUCUGGCACCUUCUUCUGCAAAGGACACCAAGAGAACGAGAGCCGCACAGUGCUUCAGGUGUUGGGGGACAAGGCAGACUGCAGGGCUCCGGGAUCUACCCACGGUUCCGAGUAUCCCAAGGUCCUGAUUCCUCUGCUGGGCAUUGGGCUGGUGCUGGGACUGGGUGCUUCCGGCUUGGUCUGGUGGCGGCGCAGGCUGGAGCACCCGCCCCUGCCCCCGCCCCCGCCUGGACCACUCCCCGCAUUUGCUCCAGUCAUAAAUGCUGAGCCGCAGCAGCCUUUAGAACAGGAGUCCAAGACCUCAGGCCACCUGGAACAGGAGCCGAGCCUGCACUAUGCUGAUCUGGACCACUCCGUCCUCGGGAGGCACCGCCGGAUGUCCACAGUGGUUCCUGGCGAUGCCUCCACUGUCUAUGCGGUUGUAGUUUGAAGGGAAGCUCUUGCUCUCCAAACCUUCCAAUCCGGGGCUUCCCUUCUCUCUAUCACCUCCUCAGCUGGAGGGGGAAGGCACCAUGGACAGAGGCACUAGUCUCUUGGUUUUUCUCAGCCACUCCCAUCUCUCCUGUAACAGUUUUCCUUCACCACUGAUGACCUCUCUAAAGAUGACCAAGCCGUCUGCUUUAGUUUUAACUCCCAAAUAGAUAUCCCAUCUGUUCACUCUCCCUUUCCAAACAAGCAUUUUGAUCUUAAGGCAUACACCGGCAUUUUCCUGCCUCACACCCACUCCUAUGCUCAUUGGCUGUGGCUGCUCAUCUACCGUCUAAGGUUGCCAGUGAUGUCCUAGUCCACAAGAUAACAUUCACUGACUUGGCCCUAGAUCAGCCCUCUUUAAACCCUGAUUUACUUUGUUGUGAAACCUCUCUUCUAGACGCCCGGCCAUUCUGUUUGCCUCUUCCUCCUCCUUACUCCUCUUCUAGGAAGCUAGCCAAUCCUCAGCCCCCUUCCCUCCAACCCAGAUCUCAGUCCUAGUACACCCUGUCCAGCUAGCCUCGGGCAUUUUGCACAAGGCAUAUCAAAUCUGACUCAGUCAUUUCUUCCUGGGCCCUCCUCUGCAUUCUUAUGACCAACCCAAGUUGCCCAAGCCAGAAACUCGGGAGUCAGGGCACACCAACUCCUCUCCCACACAGGGACUUAUAAAGCUCCCCACACAUCUUUCCUUUAGAGACAGGCUCUCCUGUAGCUGAGGCUGGCUUUGAACUCCUGAUCCCCUUGCCUCCACCUUCAGUGCUGGGGUUACUUCGAUUGCAGGCACGCACCACCACACAAGGUCUUGUCUUAGUGUCACUGUCAAAUCUGAACCUGUCUCCAGGUCUAUAGCUACCACCAGAAUGUACUUUCAUCCUUUGCUUCCGGGGUGACCCACACUCCCUUCUGACCCUCCUGCCCUCCCGAGCAUCCACCACUGGCCCUCUCCUGAGGCUUCGGCUUUGGGUACGGGUGCUGCAGCACUUUGUGUACUCUUAGGCUUCUCUGUCGUUUCCUGUGUACACAUGCCCACCUUAGAUUCUCCACAGUUUUCGCCCUGUAAUAUUCAUUGGUCCGGUGAAAUACAUUCCAUCUUCUGGAUUCCUUUUCCCUCUUCCUUACUUCCUGCCUGGAUUCCACUCAAAUGUAGCCUUUCCUGGGAUAUUGAUCCUUAUACCAAAUGCUUGCCCACUCCUGAACAAAAUUUGAUGCUCUAGAAACCCCCUGAUUUCUUCUCAUAGAAACAGACUCCUGAAAAGCAUCCCAUUCUAACCUGUCUGCCAAUUUAGAAAGGACUGUGAGGAGCUACAAGUCUCCCGACAUCAGGGGACUAACCCUUUUGACUCACUGUUAAGCCUCAAUACGACACGAAUAAGUGUCUCAGAAAACAUUGUUCUUCUUUAUCAAAUAAAGGUGGACAGGUAAUCCACCAGUGUCUGAAUCAUCUGACAUUUAGGUGAAUUCAGAAAGUGAUCCA